AGAGCCCUGGGUGCUUCUGUCCUGCAGAGUGGAGGCACCAUGCUCUCCCAGGCCAGGACAUCAGGCAUCUCCGGAAGCCCUGUCAGGCUGGCUGCGGAAGCUCCCUGACACUCAGAGGAAAGCCCAGUGAGCAACACCUGUCUCCAACUGCCAUGCGUGCCCGCAGCUGCUCCAGCUCCCCGCUGUCCCUGGGCCCAAGAUGACAUCCAACGGCACCAGGGAGGAGCCCAGUGCUGUUCCCAUGGGGGCCUUCGGACUCUCCCUGGUCCUGGCUAGCCUCAUCGUCGUGGCCAACCUGCUCCUGGCCCUGGGCAUCGCCGGGGACCGCCGCCUGCGCAGCCUGCCCGCUGGCUGCUUCUUCCUGAGCCUGCUGCUCGCUGGGCUGCUCACGGGGCUGGCACUGCCCGCACUGCCAGGCCUGUGGAGCCAAAGCCGCCGAGGCUACUGGUCCUGUCUCUUCCUCCACUUGGCUCCCAACUUCUCCUUCCUGUCCCUGCUCGCCAACCUGCUGCUGGUGCACGGGGAACGCUACGUGGCCGUGCUGCGGCCCCUCCAGGCCCCUGGGAGCACGCGGCUGGCCCUGCUCCUCACCUGGGCUGGCCCCCUGCUCUUCGCCAGCCUGCCCGCUCUGGGAUGGAACCACUGGGCCCCCGGUGCCAACUGCAGCUCCCAAGCUGUCUUCCCAGCCCCCUACCUCUACCUCGAAGUCUACGGGCUGCUGCUGCCUGCCGUGGGGGCUGCAGCCCUUCUCUCCGUCCGCGUGUUGGCCACUGCCCACCGCCAGCUGCAGGACAUCCGCCGGCUAGAGCGGGCAGUAUGCCGUGGGGCGCCCUCAGCCCUGGCCAGGGCCCUUACCUGGAGGCAAGCGAGGGCGCAGGCUGGAGCCACCCUGCUCUUUGGGCUCUGCUGGGGGCCCUACGUGGCCACCCUGCUCCUCUCGGUGCUGGCCUAUGAGCAGCGCCCACCGCUGGGGCCUGGACCUCUGUUGUCCCUCAUUUCGCUGGGCAGUGCCAGCGCAGCGGCUGUGCCUGUGGCCAUGGGACUAGGCGACCAGCGCUACACCGCUCCCUGGAGGGCAGCCGCCCAAAGGUGGCUGCGGGCGCUCCGGGGCAGAGCCUCCCAGGGCACUCCUGGCCCCAGCGCUGCCUACUGCACCAGCAGCCAAAGCAGCACGGACCUGGACUUGAACUAGGGGAAGGGCCUCUCUCUGCUCACUCCUAAUAGAAGCAUCCAUCCAUCUCAGCCACCAAGCCUGUUCCCAUUUGUCUACGCACCUCUGGAUCAGGGACCCUGCUCCUAGUUUUCCACACCCUGGUCAAGUAAAACUCCUCUGGCCCAGUUUAUUGGUAACUUAUUCUGUAUUGCAGACAGGAAGAAACAAGUACAAGGGCUGUGGGAAGAACCUAAAGCCAGGCAGGCAUCAAGGGGGAUUCCAGCUCUAGACAGGCCAGCAAUUGCAGGUGAGGACGCACCUCCAGCAGACA